AUCAGGGACCACAUCAGGGACCACAACGUCUACUGCAAGUCUGACUACUCCAGAAACUUCGGGGCACGCUGUGCCAAGUGCUGCAGAGCCAUCGGGUCCACGGACUGGGUACGCAGGGCUCGAGACCGCGUGUAUCACCUCGCGUGUUUCGCGUGCGACGCGUGCAAGCGACAGCUCAGUACCGGCGAGGAGUUCGCACUACACGAGAGUCGCGUGCUCUGUAAGCAGCACUACCUGGAGGCCGUCGAAGGCGGUGCUACCAGCAACGAUGAAAACACGGACGGGGAGGGCGGACAGCGGAAGAGCAAGAGAGUGCGGACGACGUUCACGGACGAGCAACUCCAGGUUCUGCAGGCGAAUUUCCAAAUCGAUUCGAACCCGGACAGCCAAGACCUGGAACGCAUUGCCCAGCUCACUGGACUCAGCAAGCGUGUCACGCAAGUCUGGUUCCAGAACAGUAGAGCGAGGCAGAAGAAACAUAUGACUUCGAAAAAACAUCAUCAGGGUCUGGAGCGCGGUCUGCACGACCUCACAGGCAGCCUGGCACGCACCAUAGACCUCCACUUCAUGUACUCGUUCAGACCCCAGAGCGUUGAACCCGAGGAUAUGUCGUCUCCAGAAAACUCUAUGAUGACACUCAUGCCUGGGGAAGCAUGACGGUACGACCCUCCCUCCCCACCUCCUCCCCACUCACUCCACUGACGUCAUUCUUGUGAUGACGUCAUCUGCAACGUCAUUCCCGUGAUGACGCUUUCGGUGACGUCAUUUCCAUGAUGAAGUCGUCUGCGACGUGCUACUAUAUGCAUCGUCAAGCAAGCGUUUGUGAUGACUUUAAAAAAUGCAUGCGUUUCCCGUGGAGUUGUGGUCUGAGGUUCACAUUUUCUAAUUAGUUUUAGAAAAUGUUUCAUGGGUGAGAGAGAGACUAUAGUAAAUGUGAAUAAUGUUCUUCUCCAAAGCCUUGAAAAUGGCCGCGCUAAUGUUGUUGAUUUUUUCGUUUAAUAUCUUCUUAUUCCUUUAAAUAGAAUAUCUAAUACAAUUCUGGCUUAAAUUAUCAGUGAAUUUACGAAGCAUUUGUUGAUAGAUUUGGUUUCGACAAAACUAAUCUAUUAUGAAGCUAUAAUAUUUGUACGUCCAAUAACUUAAGCAUUUCCUACGAAUAAGAAUUACAAGCAUUGAAAAAUUUUCCCGUUUAUCAUGCAAUGAGCCAUAAAUUAAUAAUUAUAUUCGGUGUUGUAGGUUACGUUUGCGCAGAAGAUGUAAAGAAGAAAACGAUUCUCAAUAACACGUGUCCCAAAUGUUCACUGUAUAUAUCUACGUAGUAUUUCAAACUUUCAAUUGAAACAGCGAGGUUCUAGAAUUCAGGCCCACAAUUUCUUACUUGAGUUUCCAAUUAUUGCUCGGUAUAGAGUAAAGAGUAUAGAGCCCGGUAUAGAGUAAAGCCUGUAUUAAUAACAACGAAAUUGAUAUGGAGUUUCCAAAUGAAACUUGUUGCUCGUGCCAUCUUCGGUCGCUCUCUUUUUGGGUACCGUUUUUUUAGAACUCUGAGUGAGUGAGUGAGUCUGCAUUUCUUAUGAUAUUGAGUCAUUAGCCUGAGUGCAAUCAAUUGUUCUUAUUACAGAAUGCAAAAUAAUUUCAAUAUAACCUUUUUUGGCAGCGAGUUGAAUGCGUAAGGUUGCUUUUUUCGCCUGGAAUCUUUUGUAAUUUCAGUGUAAAAAGUUUUCCCCAGCAUAGAAUUUACCGUUGUUUUUUUAGCUUUCAAUAGAUUCGGAAUUAUAUGCGCAAUUGUUAUACGUGAGCUUCAAAUUGCCCAAAUUCUAAAAAUUACAUAAAUUUCAAUAUAUGUUGGGUUCUUUUUUCGUAUUUUUUGGUGUUCAUCGAAUAAUAUGAACAUUUCUUGCAUUUUUGUUCACGGUUGAGUAAUUUUAUACCUGCAUUGAUGCAAUAAAAUUAGAUUAAAUCAUUGGAGGCUUUUCGAAUAGAAAUAUUCACUUGUAAUAUGAUUAAUGUUGAAUGUACUUGAAAUUAAUGAUCACUAAUUUCACUCAUUUCAUGAUUUUCGUGUUCAUCGUUUUCACUCUAAUGAAUGUUGAUAAGCCAAAAUGUCCUUGUAUAUAUUAUAAUGCUAAUAACUUAAUUCUAAUUGUGCAAUACUUAUUACAAUCUAUUUCAUGAGUGAAGAUUUCCGAUACUUGUCUAUUUUUUAUGUCGUGCAUAAUGUUAAAUACUCAUGCCAUUGUUAGACUGGAGGACACAAUCCAAGCUAUAUGUCCUAUUGUAAUUACUGGGGCUGAAAUUGAAUAAUCAGAAAGGAGCCAUUUGAAAAAAAUAUCAAUAUAUUUUCGGUCUAAAAUGUGACUCAAAUUAGCAAAUUAUGAUAGUGGAUCACUUUUAAAUUACUUUCUUCUGUUCGAAGAGUGUUUUUGACAUUUUUGGCAUGUUAAUUCAGUUUGACCUUGUUGAACAUUUCGGCUGGCAUAAAUACGCUUUUUGUUCCUGAUGGUUUUUUAAACUGGGUACUGCUAUACUAACAUCGGAUCACAGCAAAGACAGCUAAAUUGUAUUCAUGUAAAAGUAUAGAACUGGAUAUAAUAGUUAUCGUGGAGCUCUAAGCUAAACUAUAUAAUGAUCUAUUGGAUGGCUAUAAUUGUUUUUCACAAUGAUGGAAAUUACCGAAGAAUAAUAAUUUGUACAUGUUUGUAUUAUAGAUAAGUGUUAUUGCUUACUAACUGAUAACUGACGAUGUACACAGGCGUUAAUUCAUGAGUA